AUGGCUUUGCCGCCUUCGGAUCGCAAUCGAGAGGACACGGGCUUUUGGGAAGCUGAAAACCCGGUCACAAAUGCGUCUCUCCACCGCCGGAGGAGUCCACGAAAGCUACAAUCAGCUCCUCAACACGAAAAUCCUCUAGACUUCGCUUCAGACGAAUUCUCUAGCAUUCACAUCCGUGAAGAUACAACAGAGGAUACCCCUGACGACACAUUUGCGACGCCCCGUGCAUCACGAACGCGUGUACCCCGACGAGAACGUCCUGGGGGUUCGCCCCGGGCCAAGAAUUUCGUGCGAAGCCUUCAAAAUGAUACGGGUCCGAUGCCCUGUCUGCCUCCAUCUUCGACGUCGAGCAGAUCAAGCAGAUCAUCAGCCCGAUCCUCAAGCCCCAUCAAGCGUGGCCUCGACCUGCAAAUGCUGUCCAAGCCCGUGUUCUGGAAACAUUGCACGAUGGAGAAAAUGCGCACUCAGCUCAAAGACUACCCCGAUACCGUCGACAUGAUCCGCCGGGCGCGUGCUAUCACGGAAUACGGAGAGGGCUACCUUCCGGUGGAGCUCAGGGGGGAACUACAGAAGGAGCUGGACCUCGACCCGGAGCGGGACACAUGCUUCGGCAAAGAGCGCCCGGAAGCUGGACUUUCCGCGACCAUCCGUCGAGAGGCUGCGUUCAUCUGCCGCGCUGCAUCCUCGUCAGCGCCGACAGAGCCGCAGCUGCGGCAGGUAGCCUGCCGACUAUCCCUUACCAGCGAGCUGAGAUCUUUGAGGGAGAUUGUCGACGCGACGAACGACUUCAAACAAACGCCACGAUCUGAGGCGGCGUGGAACUCACGCGUUCACGAGGCAAUCCUGCAACUCGCAGUGAAGUCGCACAAAACAAGCAGUGAUGAACGUCAGGACAAGGGAAUGGGAGAGGAUCAAUCCUGGCUUUGCUGGGCCGCGGUCGAAAACAUCUCGCGCGCUAACAUAGCGAAGGCGUUUCUUCCUCUAGCCUCCAGCACAACCGUCAUCUCUUCAUCAAACCUGCCCAACCCAUCCAACGCCACAGCCGUCACCAAUGCGGAAGACGACGACUUCCAAGUUGCAGCAAGUAAGAUGAUCGACUUCGCCAUCGUCCUACGGCCGCCACCGUCGGUUGACAUGAGGAACCCACAAAAUAAGUCACUGCUGAAUGCAAUAUACCAGUUUGUGAAUUCUUUGCCGAAGGGAGCCAACUUCUUCAACCAGACCGCCUAUGAGCCUCUCAUCUUUAGCCCGAGCGGCGUGUUUGUGGAGACCAAGGUUGAUAGCCGGCGCUACUCUGAGGCCCAGAAUCAGCUCGGCAUAUGGGUUGCUUCGUGGUAUGGAAGGUUAUAG